AUGGCUAGUGCAGAGUCAAUGGCUAGUGCAGCUGAGACAGUGUGCAGUGUGGGACAGAUGCACCUGCAGGAUGCAAUUGUGACAGAGUGCUUGUGUGCUGUGCUACAGUCCCUGACCAUGCACGGUCUGUAUGAGGAGAAGGAUAUUGAAAAUGCCACACUCCUCUUGAUAAAUGCACUCAGAUUCCACCCUAACCAUUCUGGGAUAGUGAAUCAUGUGUUUAUUGCCAUGGUCAACCUGGUCAGAAGCUCAGAGAAGGCUGCUCUCCAACUUCUCGCUCCAAAAGAGGAGAGUGUUUCUUGCAUCAUGGCAGCGCGAGGGCACCAUCCUGAUGACCCAGAGGUCACAGAGAACUUCUGCCACCUUCUGAAUCAGCUGGUCCAACAGGAUGCUGUGGCUCCUGAACUGCUUGCUGAAAGUGUCCAGGAGGAACUGGAGCAGAUAGUGAAACAAUUUGUGUCCACUAAGGAUAUCACCCUGUUGGCACAGGAGACCCUGUCAAAAGUGAUGAGCCUUAACAAUCCAGAGCCAACAGUGAAGAGUGAAAAGUAA